AUGCAUUUCACAACACCUUGUCCGGCGCAUCAUCAGCUCGCGAUGGACACCAUAGUCGCAUUGGGCGAUCUGACGGAUUCAUCGUCCUACUCGGAAUCCACAGACGUGGACAUGGCUGAGGCAGACUGGACUGGUCAUGGCCGAGAUGAGCUGCUAGUCGAAAUCCCAUGUCGCCCUUCGAUCAAGAUCGAGUCCGACGAUGACGCUUCUCUCCGAGGCGGCGUGGUAUUCCCCCGGCAGACCGUUGCUUGGGCCCGAAAGGUGGCCGUUGUGCCUCCCCGGAAACACGGAUACGAUGAAGCCGAAUUCCCCUUCGAAUUCCCCGAUCCCGGUCAGCUCUCGGAUGAUGAUGGAUACAGCACCAGCAGUGACUGGGACAGCUAUGGCGCCCUCCCGCUGACCAUGAGCGAGUACGAUAGCGUCGUGGCUCGCCUGGAGGGUAGCGAGGAUUGGAACGCGGACCAAAGGAAGCUACACAAACUGCUUUACAUGCGCGGCCUCCAUCCCAUGAUCCCUUCGUGGUGGCGAGUGAGCCUAAAGAUGUGGGGGAUUACCCAGCCACAUCUCGACGACGUCUUCACCCCCAGGCAUAGUAAAAAGCGGGUUGCGAUCCAUGCGUACGGAAACGAGGUAGCCGCGACCAAGGCGCUCGAGUCGUUAUUCUACCUCUCUCAAACAGUCUCUGACUACGAGGAGAUUGGCUACCAAAGCAAGAUCACGUCCACCGCAGUCAAGGGCAUCCGAAGCUACAUCAAGUGGGCGCUGCGGGAUGCCGGAAUCGACAACCGCAGAUCGCUGCUUAACAUGCUGGUGCAAGGGUACACGCCCGACUUUCACGUCGACGACGACUCCCAGAGCGGAGAGAGCGACUUUGCCCCGUCACCCGUCAGCAGUAACGAGGAUGGCGACCGGGAAACAGCAGACGCCGUCAAGGCCGGCGGCAAGCGACAUCACCAAUCCGAUGCAGAGCUCGAAGAGGCCCAGCGCGCCUUGCGCUUCACGCGCGCCGUCUCGCGCGACCUCGAGCGGCGACUCCUCGGCUUGGGCCAGCGCUGGCGCGAGCGGCUCCGCCAGAAGAGAGGUGGAAAGGGCUUCGUCGCGCGACCGCCCACGCUGUACGCAUUUGCCGUCAUCCAGCACAUUGUCAUGCUGGCCAGCUAUGACUCGGGCUCGGCGACCGACCCGGUCGUCGUCCUCGAGCAGGUCCGCCUGAACGAGCGCGGUCAGUGGCUGUGGAAUGCACUGUCGCUCGCGCUGCCUGUCAACAUGGCGCGGGACGCGCUCAAUGGAUUUCGGGGCACGAGCGUGGUUGUGGAACGGCGUGAGGAGGAUUGGCGCGCGGAUCCUGAUUUGUGA